CCAUCAACCGAUCCGUGACAUAAGGAAUCCAAGAUGUCGGAUCGCACUAUCGUCGAGAACUUCCGUGAUCGGGAGGGUUACCGGUGCGGUUACUGUGGAAGUACAGACUCUAACUAUUCCCACGGAAUGUGGGCUCAUCAGCUAACUUGUCAAGAUUAUCAGGAUCUCAUCGACAGAGGAUUUAGAAGGAGUGGCAAGUAUUGUUACAAGCCAGACUUAAACAAGAUGUGCUGCCCUUGCUAUCCAAUAAGGUGUGAAGCCCUUCACUUUAGAGCAACCAAGUCACAAAAGAAAGUCCUAAAGAGAAUGACAAAGUAUCUUACUGUUCCUCAAGCAGCAGCAGGGAAAUUAUCAUGUUCCACUUCAGAAGACACGGCCAUGCAUUGUAAAGAUGCUGAGAAUGACAGGUGUCAAUCAUCUGUUGAAUCCCUUAGCGACAAGCUUCAGGGGGGAUUGAUAAAUACAGACAAACUGCAUCAGGUUAGGCCGAGUGAACCUCGGAAUACAGCCACAACUGGGAAACAGUGCAAAGAUGAAGGACCUAGCAGUACUGCUAGUUCCACCAACCAAGUAAAGACUUGUAGCAAUGUUACACCAGGGAAAGGUCCAGACCCAAGUAAACCACCUUGCCGGAAAGCCAAAGAUAUUAGAAGACAGAGAAGGCAACAAAAGAAGAAAAAUGGGGUAGAGGAGCAGAGUAUACCAAGGCCUAAGAAUGAAGCCAAAAGUUUGGAACAAUUUCUGAUGGAGCAUCGGCCUGAUGUGAACACAGCUCACAAGAUGGAGGUCAGGCUAGUACGAUCUGACAUGAACAACCCCGAGUUUUUCCGUACACACCAGGAGUCAUACGAGGUGUACAAGAAAUACCAGACUGGGAUUCACAAAGAUAAACCUGAUGAGUGCACAGAAAAGCAGUACAGAAGAUUUCUUUGCAGUUCUCCCCUUGUGCACUCCAAAGAAGCAGGUGCUCCCCACAUGGGAUAUGGCUCAUUCCACCAACAGUACUGGCUUGACGGUCGUAUAAUUGCUGUUGGGGUGCUGGAUAUCUUGCCAAGUUGUAUAUCAUCCGUCUAUCUGUUUUAUGACCCAGCAUACUCCCAUCUUUCCCUGGGUGUCUACUCUGCUCUCAGGGAAGUCUACCUAGUACAGUGCUUACACAAAGAGUCUGCAAGUGUCCAAUACUACUAUAUGGGAUUCUACAUCCAUUCCUGCCCCAAGAUGAGAUACAAGGGAAACUAUUACCCUUCAUACCUUGUGUGCCCAGAGACGUAUCGCUGGGUUCCCAUUGAGCAGUGCAGGCCUAAACUCGACGCCAACAAAUACUCGCGACUGGAUCAGACUGGGCCGGAUUUCCCCAGCACAGAUAUAAACAAAAUGCUGAUUUUAUAUGAGAGACAAGCUAUGCCUUAUUUGAUUUACCGAGCUAUCAAACAAAACGAGGAUGAUGAAGGUGAUGAUAACGAUGACACUGAUGAAAUUCAAGAGCUUGCGGAUAUGGUCGGUCCCGCGGUAGCCCAGCGAAUGCUCUUGUUCAGAUCUUAGGCUGACUUUAAAGGCCAGGCGUUGUGUCGGUAUUGUGCGAGGAAAAAGUAUGCAAAGAAAUAGUAGAAUUGAUUUGGUGUUUCUAUAAGUAGUAUUUAGGUAAGCUAAACUAUAUUUCGGUUUUGCCAUGCAUUGUAUUGAGGGUUGUAUUCAAAGAAUUCAGCCUAACUCGUCUGAGCCAUCCAUCCCAAGGACCUCGUGAAAUAGUGUCUUUUGUUUUUUUGUUUUUGUUUUUUUUGCUUGGAGUUUUUAGCUUACGUUAGUAGGUGUGUAAGUUAAUUUUUCCCUGAAAAUGACAAGCAAGAAAUACAUAGUCAAGCGUUUUCUUCAAACUCGCCAAAACUUCCGUGGAUUGCUUAAAGAUGCUUAAAGACAUGGAACUCAAAUCAAUAACGGCAAAAGAUGACGGAAUAAUAAAUUGGUCAUUUAGAACUUUUUUAAGAUAUGGUUUUCAAGUGAAUUGAUUGUUAAGCCCUCAGCUUUUUUUAGAAUUUUUAGUUUUAGUUGCUGAGAAGUUUUCCUUUUCCCUCUGUUUAUCGCCUUCCUUUUUCUCAACAACACGAAAAGUUUUUUGUGUCCUUAACCUUAUUUCAUUCUGUUGUUUUCUUCAAGUUAACUGCGCUCUUUUUUAGGCGAACCAUUUAAAACCUUCACAAAGUUCUUCUGGGCAUAUACAAUCGAAAUUAUCAGCUGACUACAUAGAAGGCCGUGAAAAUGUGCUCCCCCAAACAAGUAUUUUUCUUAUUAGAUUUAAACCAAGCAAUUCUUUUUCUGUCGUGAUAUGAUGUAACCCAUGUUUCGGACGACUAAUGUGCUUACACAUAAACAAAUAAUACGUGAAAAUGUAUCGACUUAUUCUGGUAAAGACUUGAAAAGAGAUGUACGUUUUUGUCAACAUAAUUUUGUUCUUCCUUUCAUCAGUUCAUGGCAGAUCAGUGUACUGUACAAAAUUUAUUAUUUCGCUAUAAUAGCAGUUCACAUGAUUUCAAUCAAGCAUGAUAAAAUAUCUCUGUAGAAACAACAAAACGUCUGGGAAAAUUUCCCGAAUUAUAUCCAAGUCAGAUACAGUAAGAAUGCAUGAUAUUUACUGGAAGACAGUUAAAAUAUUCUUGAGGGGGUUAUCGUCAAUGUAUUUUGCCUUUUUUUUUCGAUUUCUUUUGUUUUUGUGAUAAUACUUGGGUUUGCAAAGUGCGCAAGACCCCAUAGGUAGUUUCGACAUGUGAGCCUUGAGGUAGUUCUGGUAGUUCUGUCAAAUACUGUUUGUGCUUGUUGAGUUUCUUGUAUGAUGAUAAUUUGCCUUUUCUUUUACAAUAAAAAGCAUUUGGGUAGUACGUAGUACUGUUUACUGAACCGUGUCUCCAGCUCAUUUUGUAAGCUGAAACAUUUGGGUGAUUGUUCUUGUGUUCAUCCAAGAAAAGUCGUUGAACCUCCUUAUGACAGAAGUCCCACAAUAAAAUGAUUUUGGUUGAUUCCAGUUGUACAGUGUGUUGUAAAGUGUGACUGAAAAGAAGUUUAGAGUGUUUUUAAUAAACUUGUGAAACAAAACUAACUAGUUGAACUAUAUUAAAGAUUAAUUUAAAAAAUAUAUUAGGAAAUCAUUAAAGCUAGGUCAAAAAAAAGUGUUUAUACUAAAGUGUGAAAAGCAAAAUGCAUGCGGAAGCAAUUCAGGAUUUUAUACUUUUCAUGCGAUUUCUCUCAUUUUUCACAGUUAUAUUCAAAUGAGAAGUUAUUUUUCUCUAUUCAUAAUAAUUUUUGUACGUUAUCUGAAUUAGCUGUCACUCUCUUCAGUGUAAGAAUAGGCUUCCCGCUGCGAUGGGCUAUCGUCACAGUGAAAGACAGUACUUUGAGUUUCCCGUGGGAAGAAAUGCUGACAAUCUCAAGCAUAAAUAACGACAAAGGGCUUCAUGGCAGCGAUCCGUUGAUCUGUUUACGCUUUACUAGACUCCUGGACAUGCCUAACACAGUAUAUAAAUUAUUGGAAAAUGACUCAUUAUGUCGAAUUUCUCAUAGAGUGAUGUUAUUUGAUGGUAUUUGGAUUUUUAUUCUUAAAGUCAAAGGAAACAUUGUUAUGUUUGGGCUGUGGUCCCUUACGUACCCAACGUGUAAUUCACUAAUUCGCCAAACAAAUCCUCUCGUUUCGCGAACAUAAGCAGACACCGCGAAUGCUAUUCCUUACGUCUCACAACUCCCUGGUCAGAUUCUAAGGUUAAAAAUGGGAUUGGGAACGUUUAAAUGUGGAACGAGAAAUAGGAUUAGAGUUAUAGCUGGACUAAUACUGUUAUUAAACAAUAUUAUAUUAAAUGUGCUUAGAUAUGUGA